AUGGCUCUGUUCCACGAGGGUGUAACGCGAAAAGGGAAGAAGUCAUCCCUCUACGAUGUUUUGCCAGUAGAGAACAACGCAGCUCUCGAUCUAAACCAAACCAACAAUAUGGUAGAUGGUGGUUUCCUACUACACCAUAUGAAAUGGAAACCGUCCUCCAACGUUUCUUCGAUUUGCCAUCAGUACAUUACUUACAUAACGAAACAUUACGGUCCAAAUUGUAUGGUGGUUUUUGAUGGUUACAGUGAUGUCAACAGCAAAAAACGAUCAGAGCAGAAGCGACGAGGUCUGACUAAAACGUCGGUUGAUAUUAUUUGUAACGAAAAUACGAUCAUCACUGUUCAACAGGAGCAUUUCCUCGCUAAUGAGAAGAAUAAAACGAGGCUGAUUCUGUUCCUCACCGAGAAAAUGACAGCAGCAGGGAUUGAAAUAACUGUUGCAACAGGAGAUGCUGAUGGUACUAUUGUCAGGUGCGAGUUGGAUAAGGCUGCCGUUCAUCCAACUGUUGUAAUAGUUGGGGAGGAUGUUGACUUGAUAGUCCUCUUCAUGGGAUUGGCUCCACCAAAUAUCAACCUGUUCUUUAUGAAACCAGGCCGUGGAAAGGUGGAGACCAAAUUGUUUUCAGUGCGACAACUUCAACAGCUUCCAUUUGGCAAGACAAUUCUCCUUCUUCACAGCUUUUCCGGAUGCGACACCACCUCUGCAAUCCAUGGCAGGAUCAAAGUGUGA